CUCAACCUGAGUGAUGGACAGUCAGAUGGCCAGAUAGCCCCAGCGCGGGCUGCCCCGUAAGAAGUGAUGCGUCUCUUCCACUUCCCAUUGUUAGCGUGAGAACACAGCCUGGAUCCUACACAGAUGUACCGUUCCACAGAGACCCACCUCACUGCCUCUAUAAGAAGGAAGGGGCUCUCCGAGGCAUUGGAGAUGGCUGGAGGAUGCUAAGCACUCAACAGCAGCCGUAGACCAUCAAACUUUUUCCCCUAGUGGUCUAAUUCCUCUCUGGGGGAAUCAUCUCUAAGAGGCUGCCAGAAACCAGAAGAUUGGAGCCUUUCCUCCAGCAUUUUCAUAUUUUGAGGAUGCCAACACUGCUGCAAACUCAACUGUGACAUGACUUUUUAUUUAGAUUCUAUUUUUAGGGUUUGAGUUUCUAUACAUAGAUUUCUAGAUUUAUAGAUUUCUAUACAGCCAUAUCCACAGACACCCCGUCUUUCUUGCGCGCCGUGUGGAUGUGGAUAUAGCUAUCGAGAGAGAAACGAUUAAGCCAAAGAAUUUGUUGUAGGAUUCUCCUUGCAACAAGACUUUCUAGAGCUAUAAUUUUUUGUGUCCAGACAAACUACUCUCGGGAAGUUUUAUACGAGCCACUGCCCUGCUGCCAAAACAAUGAGACCUGUGGCAUUAAUUUUAGGGUUUAAGACAUUGUGGGUUUUGGCAUUUUCGUCUCUUUCCAACACUCUGGCGGUGAAUAACAGUGGGAGAUGGUGGGGCAUCAUCAACGUGGCCUCGUCCACCAACCUGCUGACGGACUCCAAGAACGUGCAGCUGGUGCUGGACCCCAGCCUGCAGCUGCUGAGCCGCAAGCAGCGCAAGCUGAUCCGCCAGAACCCCGGGAUCCUGCACAGCAUCAGCAGCGGCCUGCAGAGCGCCAUCAAGGAGUGCAAGUGGCAAUUCCGCAACCGCCGCUGGAAUUGCCCCACCACCCAGGGGCCCCACAUCUUCGGCAAGAUCGUCAACCGGGGCUGUCGGGAGACGGCGUUCAUCUUCGCCAUCACCAGCGCCGGCGUCACCCACUCCGUGGCCCGGUCCUGCUCCGAGGGCUCCAUCGAGUCCUGCACGUGUGACUAUCGGCGCCGCGGCCCGGGGGGCCCCGACUGGCACUGGGGGGGCUGCAGCGACAACGUCGACUUCGGCCGGGUCUUCGGGCGCGAGUUCGUGGAUUCGAACGAGAAGGGGCGGGACCUGCGCUUCCUGAUGAACCUGCACAACAACGAGGCGGGGCGGAUGACGGUCUUCUCGGAGAUGCGGCAGGAGUGCAAGUGCCACGGCAUGUCGGGCUCCUGCACCGUCAAGACCUGCUGGAUGCGGCUCCCCACCUUCCGCACGGUGGGCGACUUCCUCAAGGACCGGUUCGACGGCGCCUCCCGCGUCAUCUACGGCAACAAGGGCAGCAACCGGGCCUCGCGGGUGGAGGGGCCCCACCUGGAGCCGGAGAACCCGGCCCACAAGCCUCCCUCCCCGCACGACCUCGUCUACUUCGAGAAGUCGCCCAACUUCUGCACCUACAGCGGCAAGACGGGCCCGGCGGGCACGGCUGGGCGCUUGUGCAAUGGCUCCUCCCCAGCCCUGGGCGGCUGCGAGCUCCUGUGCUGCGGACGGGGCUACCGUACGCGGAGCCAGCGGGUCACCGAGCGCUGCAACUGCACCUUCCACUGGUGCUGCCACGUCAGCUGCUUGAACUGCACCAACACACAAGUCUUGCACGAGUGCUUGUGAGCCGGGGCCGGGCGGGAGGAGGGGCACAGAGGCAAAGACCUUCCCCGGGGAGGGAUCAAAAUCAGGGCCCUGCCCCCAUCCCGCCGAGCAAGGGCACCGCACCCGAGCAGCUGCUGCCAGCCGGAUUCUGCCCGCCGGAGCCGCCCUCUCGGUAGCAGACCCGGCCCCAGAGAACGGCGAGGGCCUGGCGGGGGUGGGGGGCAUCCUCUCCAGACCCCUCCAAACUCUUCCAGGCCAGGACCACCUGCAGAGAUCACCACCCGCCCAGUGGUGAACCGAGUGCCCUCCCCGCCACCCCGCAGGGUCUUGUCCCUGGGCGCAUGUGGGCGAAAAGGGCUGGAUCAGCAGCCUGGAUCCCUCCCCGCUCCGCGUCCUCUGCCAACGCCCCUUGCGGGAGGUUGGGGUGGGUCUCCUCAGCCCAGCGCUGGCCUCUGUACUGAGCCCCAGCCUGGGACACCCAGCCCCACCUUCACGCUGCUCAGUCACUCCCAGCCCCGGGCAGGAUUCCGGUUAGCGGCCCAGAGACGGUGCCAUCCGAUGUCCCAGCCUCCCCCCGGCUGCAGGGCUGGCCAGGUCAAAGGCAGCUCGGAAAGUGCCCGGCGCCCGCGAUUACCCCUCGGACGUGUGUUUACAACGCUCACCAAAUGCCGCUCAUUUGCUUCUUGGACUCGGAGCAUUGUGCCGGGAACAGGGUAGAAAACGCUGGUCAGUCACCGUUGGCUGGUCUGGCUCGCGCGGUCAGAGCAAGGCUGAGAAUUUGGUACGUAACGUGCACUGAAGAAGUGGUCGGAAUCGCCAGUUUUGUUUUGUAAAUAAAAUAUUUAUUGUGAAUGGUUUUAUAUCCCUUAGCACCCGCCUGGCCUUGCCUUGCCAACCGGUGGGUCUCCUAGACGAUCCCUCUCCUCUGCCUUCGACAAAGAUUUUCUUCCCCUGGCCUUUUGGUUUCUAAUUAAAAUAAGAAGAACAAUGCUUUGUUACGGAUGUCAUUAAUA